AUGGUUUCCUGCAAGCCGUCGCCGAUGCUUUCCUCGCUGCCAGAGGAACUGCGUUUAGAGAUACUAGCUCGUGUCCCCAAACGCAGAUACCCAUUCUUAUCUCUCGUCUCGAAGGAGUUUCAUAGACUUCUUCGGCCGUCGUUGAUUAACACGUGGCGACGUCGUAUCGGCACAGAUUCAGUCUAUUUGUGCUUCGCUACUGGGAACAACGGUCGUGCGUGGCGCGCUCUCCAAAACCACGACGACAAGAAUGGAGAGAACUGCUUAGUCUCCGCCGAUUUUGAUAUUCCUCUUGCUCCGGAUAUGAGGUGGUUAGUUAUCACCUAUGGCGUAGACGUUAUCUUUAUUUUGUUUUCUCGGCGUGUGAAACCAAUCUUCAGGAUAUUUGAUUCUCGGAAUAAGGUGUUUCGUCUGAUCCCUGUGAUGCAAGAUGAGCAGUUGAUGCUCAUAAGUGCGGGACUAGUCGGCGAAAAGUUGUAUGUGGUGGGAAACUCAGGGCCACGUAUUCGAGCAGAAUCGUUUGACUUAAAGACACAAACUUGGGAUUCAGCACCACCGUUUGUUGUUUUUGAUAAAAAAACAAACGAUGGUGCAGCACCAACGUUUAUUGAUCGGAUGAGAUGUUUCGACAGAUGGUUCAUAUAUCCAGAUGCCAUUGCAUCUGCGGAUAAGAAGGUUUAUGGCCUGCGUUUACACAACCCUGUUUACUACGAUACCAGAGAUGGGUCUUGGGAUAGAUUUGAGCUGCCUAAUCAAAAGCAAUUGUGUUCAACUGGCGUGUGUGUGAUAAACAACGUGCUAUAUGUUUAUGACUCUGGCUUAGGGUUGAUGUGGUAUGACUCUGCCCUGCUACGUUGGAGGAUGGUUUUAGGGUUGCAUCUCCCCACCGCGCUGAAUAGAGUAGUUACGAAUCUGAAUCUCCACGAGGCUCCUUUAGUCAACGCUCAUUGCUUUGGAUUAGCUGACUUCUAUGGGAAGUUAGCGUUUCUUUGGAUAGAAGAAUCAGGAGAUGUUAAAAAUAUUUGGUGCACGCUGAUUCAGUUGCGUAUGACGGGAAGCGAGAUUAAUGGUACUGCGGAGCCGUUUCAUUCUCUGGGGACUGUACCUUCUCGUUUUGAACUCGAAAAGUGCUUUUCUGUUGUGCGUUAA